UGGACUGCUGCAGGCUAGGAUGAGGGUGUUGUCGUGGGAACAGUGUAGGGAGACAGGCGUGGUACUUCUGGGCUUUCUGACGCUGGCAGUGUCUGUGGGGAUCCCGUCCACCAGGAUGCUGCAGGAUGAUGGCGUGGCGUCCAACAGUCUGGAGGAUGAGCUGGAGGUGACCACGUAUUGGUGGGGGGAGUGGGCUAAGUGGACAGCCUGCACUCGUGCCUGUGGAGGGGGAGUGAUGUCACAGGAGAGACACUGUCUCAAACAGAGAAAGAAAGUUGCUGCUGGGAAAGACAACAUGACCUGUACAGGAACCGCAAAGAAUUAUCACCUCUGCAACAUUGAAGAAUGUCCUUCAACUGGGAGGAGCUUCAGAGAGGAGCAGUGCUGGUCCUUCAACUCGCAGCUUUACAAUGGGAAAAACUACCAAUGGAAACCUCUGUAUCCUGACGACUACGUUCACAUCUCCAGUAACCCCUGCGACCUUCACUGCACCACGGCCGACAGCCAGAGGCAGCUGAUGGAGACGGCACGAGAUGGCACGUCCUGCAAGUACAGCAGUUACCGCGGCGUCUGCGUGGACGGUAAGUGUGAGCCAAUCGGAUGUGACGGAGUACUGUUUUCCUCUAAGACCUUGGACAAGUGUGGUGUCUGUCAAGGGGAUGGUAGCAGCUGCAGCAGAGUGACCGGAAACUUCCGCCGCGGGGCCACGACUCUGGGCUACUCGUUUAUCACUCAAAUCCCUGAAGGAUCCUGGGACAUCCAGAUCAUUGAGAGGAAGAAGUCGGCCGAUGUUCUCGCUGUGACUGACCAGGCCGGUAACUUCUUCUUUAAUGGAGCCUACAAGGUAGACAGUCCCCAGAACUUCCACGCAGCAGGCACCAUCUUUAAAUACCGCCGGCCUAUGGAUGUCUAUGAGACUGGGAUUGAAUACAUCGUCGCCAAAGGCCCCAUUGACCAGGCCAUCAAUAUUCUGGUGUGGAAUCAGAACGGCCGCACACCGUACAUCACGUACGAAUACACCGUCCUUAGAGACUCCCUGCCCCCCGUCCCGCCUCCUCCCGUCUACACCGGAUCAGACACUUCCGCCGGAGAGGUUUCUGUGGAGGUGGGGGGUCUCCUGUCCCCUAACAGCAGUAUUUAUGACCAAUCGGCCCCUGAAAGCCAAUUGGAGCCAGGAGGUGCCAACGGGCAGAAGGGACAAGAGACCAACGAGGUUUAUGAGGAGACAGGAUCCAUUGAGUGCGACCAGGAUGGAGCAGCUGCCCCAAAAUUGACAGGAAACAGCAGUCAGACAGGCAGCACUGCCAAACCUGCACCUGCUGGUGGACCCCUCGACACAGGGCCAGACUCCCCAAACCUCAUCUGGAGGGUGUUGCUAGAUGGCCGGAUUGACCCAGAGCUACUCAUCAACAUCUCAACCAAUCAGCUGCUGACGGAGGGAGACAGUUUGUUCUUGUCAGAGGUGGGACCAGCAGUAGAGGACCUGAUAAGCCUGGAGGAUGAUGACCCGUUUGGUGUCAACGAGACACUGGAGUUUACUCUAGGUCGCAAACGCAACGAGAGCGGAGACAGUUCCUUCCAGAACAAAACAGUGCAGAGUAUUGGGAGGACCUCCAGCCGCUUCAACAGAACGAGGGGGAAUCAAAGGAUCAACCAGAAGAACCUGAAGCUGAGUGCUGCUGAUAUGUACCGCUGGAAGCUUUCCUCGCAGGAGCCCUGCAGCAUGACCUGUUCUAUAGGAGUGUCAAAAUCCUUUGUCACAUGUAUCCGCUAUGAUGGCGUCGAGGUGCACGACAUGUACUGUGAUGCUUUGACCAAACCGGAGCCGGUCCACGACUUCUGUAUCGGGAGAGAGUGUCAACCCAGAUGGGAGGCGAGCAGCUGGAGUGAGUGUUCGAGGACUUGCGGGGAGGGUUUCCAGUUCCGACAAGUUCGCUGUUGGAAGAUGCUCUCGCCGGGCCUGGACAGCUCGGUCUACAGCGAUCUCUGCACCCUGGCUGACCUGGAGAGACCUGUAGAGAGACGGCCUUGCAAGAGCCCCGCCUGCGGGCCACAGUGGGAGGUGGCCGAGUGGACAGAGUGCCUAGCUAAAUGUGGCCGCAAAGCUCAGGUGUCCCGUGAUGUCCGCUGCUCUGAUGAGACCCAACCAUGUGACCCGAUGACCAAACCGCCAAAUGUCAAAAACUGCACUGGACCGCCCUGCGAACGCCAGUGGACCGUCUCCGAAUGGGGGCCUUGCUCGGGGUCGUGUGGCCAGGGGAAGACGGUGCGUCACGUGUACUGUAAGGCUCCGGAGGGUCGCGUGGUUCCUGAGAACCAGUGCUCUGCGGAGGACAAGCCACUGGCAAUCCAUCCCUGUGGGGAGAGAGACUGUGCUCCACACUGGCUGAGCCAAGACUGGGAGAGAUGUAACACAACCUGCGGUCGUGGUGUGAAGCGAAGACUUGUCCUGUGCGUCGGCAUUAGUGGUGGAAAGUUCCAGACCUUUGAUGAUGAGGCGUGUGGGGGCAGCGAGAAGCCUGAAGAGGAAAACACCUGCUUUGAGAGGCCGUGCUUCAAAUGGUACACCACCCCCUGGUCUGAGUGCACCAAGACAUGUGGUGUGGGUGUGAGGAUGAGGGACGUCAAGUGUUACCAAGGCAGGGAGCUGGUCCGCGGCUGUGACCCCCUCACCAAACCUGUGGCCAAACAGACCUGCAGUCUGCAGGCCUGCCCCACUGAGCCCCCAGAUGAAAGCUGCCAGGAUCGUCCCUCCACUAACUGCCUGCUGGCGCUGAAGGUGAACCUGUGCAGCCACUGGUACUACAGCAAGGCCUGCUGCCACUCCUGCCGGGCCCUUAGACCUCCAACCUCCUAGUUCAGUACACCACCACCUUCCUCCAACCCCAAUCAAACUUCAGCACGAGGAAUGGAAUGGGAACAAAUGUAUGGACACUUCAGUUACUGUGGACAAUGAGAAAAAACUGAAAGUCCAUAUCUUCUGCAAAAAUUACAGACAUUCGCGAGUGGAUUUAACUGGUUUAAUUUGUCAGUGAGUUUAAAUGAUCUAAAAUGACAUCUUGAUAUCAAUUUGAAUGUUUUUAGUUUUUUUUUAUGUCAUACAGUAUGUAACCGCGGCAGAGUUUUGUCGCAGCAUCAAGCCAUGUUUACUGUGGCCGACAGGGGACAAUGCGUAUCAAUGGCCGAAAACACUUACAGUAGGAGAACUGUGCUGCACUUUCAAAAACAUGCAAAUAGAAAAACGGAAAUGUGCCAAAACACAUACAAAUAAAUAAACAUCUUCCCCAACUUGACAACACAUGCAAAGCAGUUAGAAGUCAUUCCCGAAGCGCUGCAACAAAAGUUACUUCCAGUGACAGUUGGCCAACUUUAGAAUCCCCGAACUUCAACAAGCUCUCCGGUCCCAGCUGUGUGUCCCUUUUUAGUGUCCGCGUUUCCGUUGUGUUUUGAGCGUCUUGCAUCCUUUUUUAAAAUGUUCAACGUUUUGUUUAUGCAGCUAUUUUAGUUAAUGUUGUGCAUGUUUUGCUAAGUUGGUGAAGAGGUUUCUUCCUUUGCAUAUGUUUUGGCACAUUUCAGUUUUUAAAUCUAAAACAUUUGAGUCUGUUGUAGAGCGUUUGCCCCUGUCGGCCCAGAACGUGUUCUCAUUAAAACAAAAAAAACUUUUAUCAAGUUGCUUUCAUCGUCUUUUCCAAUGAGAGUGAUUUUUUUUUGGAAUAGAUGAAGACAUAAUUAGGCAAUAACAUUUUUUAUAAUUAUACAAUUUUUGUCUGGAGAAAAUAUCGGUCUAGUGUCAGAACAGACCUUUAAAUAUUAACUUAGCCUAAAAUACGACGUCUCCUGUAGCAGCAUUUUGCAUUGAGACCUUUGAACAAGUUAAAGAAAUAUUCAUUAAGAAACAUACAGAACAUUCAUUUAAGGAAAUAAAUAUUUUCCUGACUUUCCCCGUCAUUAUGAACUCAAAGAACAGACAGUUAAUGUUGAUCAUCAGAAUUCUUAUUAUCAUUAUACUGUCUUAAAGAGGAAUUUAGUUUUCAUCAGCUGUUAUUCGUUUUUCUCUCAUAAAACGCAAAGUCAUUCUCCCAGACCUCCAUAAUCAGAUAGCAUCUUGCUUGUGCUCGUCGCUUUAAGGUGAAUAUCUAUUAAAUUAUUUCCAAACUUCAUAUACUGCAUGGCUAGAAUAUUUAAUGCAGAUACUGUUUAUGGAAUAUUAUUUAAUUGUGUUUCAGUCUGGUGUCUGACAUGUAAAAAGUUUAUAUUUCCAUUCCACCCCCUGCCCGCUUGGCGCCGUGACGGGACGCCUGCAGGACAUGGAAGCAUAUUUAUUAGUCAUAGCACAUUUUCAUUUAUCAUGACGCUCCUGAUGUCAGCCAGUGGUUGCUCAUCGGGUCAAUGGAUGCCAGUUCUGAUCUGUGUGUGUGACAGAGGAGGGGUUAUACAAACACAGAAAAUUCCUGACACUUGAAGUAUGGUUGAAAUGUAUUCAGACGUGUACAUGUCUCAUUUUUAACUAUUGUGUACUGUGUUUAUAUAUAACUGAUACCUGUGUGUACAAAGA